AAAAAGAUGAGGUGCCAAUGUUAACAAAUACAGACCGGUCAGCCGAUAGAAAUGAGAGUAAGCUACAGCGAAGGUUGUCAUACAGGAACAGAAGUGUUACAAUAUCCAUCCCACCGAGCUCCAGUGAAUUGAAUCCCAGUUCAUCAAGGCCUGUCUGCUUUACAGGUCCUUUGUUUUGUGGAAGAAAAAACCAGAGAGAAGGGAAUCCCUCACAGUCCAGCCAUGGUGCCAUUGGGGUUGAAAGGAGAGAGCAUGUGAAACAAGAAAACAUUAUAAUGCAUAACCUUCGACUGGGAGAUCAUAAAAAUGAACACUUAUUGAGGUCAGGACAAUUGGGGAUGUGCAAUGAUCCUUACUGUACAACAUGCCCAAGUUCUUUCAAUUACAAGGAACAGCUGAAGAACUCAAAAGAGUCAAGACUGUUUGUUAGUAAAUUUUUUCCUGAUCUUUUGCAGCAUCAUGUAAGAGGGUGGGCAAGAAAAAAGUUAUCCUUGUUGAAACAGUUCACAUUUGGGGUCAUGAAUCCACAUGCCAAAGUUGUUCAGCAGUGGAACCAAUUCAUCGUGAUUUCUUGCUUGUUAGCCAUUUUCAUAGAUCCCUUAUUCUUCUACUUGCUGUCAACGAAUAAGGACAAUAAGUGCAUAAUAAUUAGUUGGACAAUGAUGCUAACCACUGUGGCUUUCAGAAGCAUGACGGACCUUAUUUACUUCAUGCACAUGCUAGUUCAGUUCAGGUUAGCAUUCAUUUCUCCUGAAUCAAGAGUUGUGGGUGCUGGAGCCUUGGUUGACCAUCCUAAACAAAUUGCAAUACAUUAUCUUUCUGGAUUUUUUUUCUUGGACUUAUUUAUUGUAUUACCACUUCCUCAGAUCAUCGUAUUAUUUAUCCUACCAAAUGCCAUUGCAUCAUCGGGAGCUAAUCAUGCAAAUAAUCUUUUGCGAUCAUCUGUUCUUGUUCAGUAUGUUCCCAGGUUAUACCGAUUUCUGCCUCUUCUUGCUGGCCAAUCUCCAAGUGGUUUCAUAUUUGAGUCGGCAUGGGCGAACUUUAUCAUCAAUCUUCUGACUUUUGUGUUGUCUGGUCAUGUUGUUGGGUCAUGCUGGUAUCUCCUUGGGUUACAGAGAGUGAAUCAAUGCCUUCGAGAUGCUUGUCGUAACUCUGGGAUCAAACAUUGCAUGAAGUUUAUAGAUUGUGGGCAUGAGAAUUUUGGGAAAUAUGCAGCGGAACCGACAUGGAAUAGCUGGAUACAAAAUGAAAAUUCCAGUGCUUGUUUUAACGAAGAUGGUUUCCCUUAUGGAAUUUACAUGAAGGCUGUUAAACUCACCACUGAACCUAGUGUAAUUACAAGAUACGUCUACUCCUUUUUUUGGGGGUUUCAGCAAAUCAGCACACUGGCUGGCAAUCAAACUCCAAGUUAUUUUGUGUGGGAAGUCCUUUUCACUAUGGGUAUCAUUGGCCUUGGACUUCUACUUUUUGCCCUUCUUAUUGGAAACAUGCAAAACUUUCUUCAAGGUCUCGGACGCAGGCGGCUGGAAAGAUCACUUAGACGACGUGAUGUUGAGCACUGGAUGAGCCACCGACACUUGCCAGAAGACCUACGAAUAAAAGUUCGAGAGUCGGAGCGUUAUAAUUGGGCUGCUACCCGCGGGGUUAAUGAAGAAAGGCUAAUGGAGAAUUUGCCUGAAGAUGUGCAAAGAUACAUACGCCGGCACCUCUUUGAGUUUAUCAAGAAAGUACGAAUUCUUGCACUAAUGGAUGAACCAAUUUUGGAUGCAAUAUGUGAAAGGUUAAGGCAAAAGACAUACAUCGAAGGAUGCAAAAUGUUAUAUCAAGGAGGGCUUGUGACGAAUAUGGUGUUUAUUGUAAGAGGGAAGAUGCAGAGCAUCGGAGAAGAUGGGAAUAAAGUUCCACUGUUGGAGGGUGAUGUAUGCGGCGAAGAACUUCUCAAAUGUUGCCUUGAAGAUUCCUCUGUUAUUGGAGAUACAAGAAACCAGUUAAAAUCGAAAUACAUAUUGUUUAGCAACAGGACGGUGGAAUGCUUAACAAAUGUUGAGGCAUUUGUUCUUCAGGCUGCGGAUCUUGAAGAAGUCACCAGCCUUUUUGCUGGAUUCUUAAGGAAUCAUCGUGUUCAGAUUGCCAUAAGGAACGAAUCUCCGUACUGGCGAGGCCUGGCCGCAACCACUAUCCAGGUCGCAUGGAGAUACCGGAAAAAGAGACGAAGUCGUUCAGUCACCUCACAUGGCGGUGGUGGUGCUACUCGUCCCUCCAAGUUUGAUUAGCCGGUAGUGUAAAAGUCUCGUUAGUUUUCAUGGUUUAUGAAGUUUCAAUAGAUGUAUGUUUCACCGGAAA